UCUUAAAAUAGAAAAUCAUUCACGACACCCAAGAGGAAGAUCAUGGCAGAAUUACUUCAAGAUAAGAGAUGGUCUCUUAAGGGCAUGACUGCUCUUGUCACCGGAGGCACCCGAGGCAUUGGGCAUGCAAUUGUAGAAGAAUUUGCAGGGUUUGGGGUGACAGUCCACACGUGCUCACGAAACCAGAAGGAGCUUGAUCAGUGUUUACAAGAAUGGAAAAACAAGGGUCUCAAAGUAACUGGGUCUAUGUGCGAUUUGUCUCAACGAGACCAAAGGGAUAAACUCAUGGAGACAGUCUCCUCCAUCUUUCAUGGAAAGCUUAAUAUUCUCGUGAAUAAUGCUGCAGUUGGUCUGUUAAAAGGUGCUGUAGACUUUACUGCUGAAGAUAUCUCGAUUCUAAUGAGCACCAACUUUGAAUCUGUUUUUCAUUUGUGUCAACUUUCGUAUCCAAUGUUUAAGGCUUCUGGUUAUGGAAGUGUCGUAAAUAUUUCCUCCAAUUCCAGCUUUGUUGCUAUCCCUUCUCUUUCUGUCUAUGAAGCCUCUAAAGGUGCAGUGAAUCAAAUCACAAAGAAUUUGGCUUGCGAGUGGGCUAAGGACAAUAUUCGCGUUAAUGCAAUUGCGCCAGGGCUAAUCAGAACUUCUCUUUAUGAAUUUGGAAAGCAGGCAUAUCCUGAGACAGCAAAAUUUUUAAAUAGAUAUAUAACUCAAACUCCUAUUUGUCGGCCUGGAGAGCCUUAUGAGAUUUCAUCAAUGGUGGCAUUCCUUUGCUUCCCCACUGCUUCAUUUAUCACUGGCCAGGUUAUUGUUGUUGAUGGAGGAUUCACCAUCAAUGGUUUCUGCGAAUCUAACAAUAGCUAAACGCUGUAUUUUUCAGUCGACAGACUCCAAAUUUUCAUACAUAAAUAAGGCUUUCAUCUGGUUCAUCAGAACCAAAUCCAAGAUUAAUAUCGAUUUUGCUGUUUCUGUUGUUAAUUUCCGUUGUUGUAAUAACCAAAAUCCAUGUUGGAUGUCAACAAAGAAAAUAUUCUAUACCAAUGAAUUAUAUAUAUUGUAUACAAAGUUCAAUCUACUCAUAGUUGUAGUUUUUCAA